AUGGUGGACACAGAGAAUAUAUCAGCGGUUGUGUUCCUUAGAAUGUGUCACGAAGUUGGAACAUCACGGCAAGUUCAAGCUAGACGAGAUGUGUUGGACCUCAAAAUUAAAUUGGCAAAUCAAACAAAAUCAAUUCAUGAAGACGCUUUCAUGACAAGUGGAAGUAGAAGAGAAGGAUUUAGACUAGAGGACUCAGAUGUAGACAAUAUGUUCUGGCCAGAUAAUUACCGUGUGAUCUCGGAUAUAAGUCAGUCUCAGCGCUAUAACAUUCACAGGAAAAGACUAAUUCUUUGUGACUGUUCCGAAAGCCCACCAGGAUUCGCCUUGUUAUAUUUGCUUUCACCUUCAAUAUUAUGUAGCGAGAUCAAUGAAGCUUUUGUUAGAAUGAAUAACAGAUAUUACAUUUCUAGUUCAUUACACAAAGCGUUCAUGUGUUCUGCAGAAUCACAGCGAUCCACUCUCCACGGUCCUUGUGUGAGUAGAUUUCAUGGAAUGCUGGGAUAUGAUCUUGCCCACUGCUUUGCAUCGGAUAUUUGGCCUCCGUCUGCCUCCUCAUGGAUAGACAGAAGUCACUCAUGGCCCCCGCCUCAUAUUGUUGAUGACAUAGUGAAAAGUGGAUGUCAUUUUGUAGCAAUUGGACAUAAACUAGGAAAACAUGAAACUAUCGAAUGGAGAACUUCCUUCUCUAUGGCAGAGCAAAAACUAGUGUAUGCAAUGAACCACUGCCAGUUCUUAACAUACGGUUUGCUUAAGUUGUUUUUAAAUAGAAUAAUUAACAUUGGAUUAGGUGAGGAUGAAAAAUUACUGUGUUCUUACCACAUGAAAACUGCAGUUUUCUGGGUCAUUCAGCAAAAUAUGAUACCUCAAUGGACUCCACACACUCUCCUCUACAGUUCCUGGGUCUGUUUUAAACUCGUCCUCAAAUGGGUAUAUGAGGGGGUGUGUCCUAACUUUUUUAUUCCGAGUAACAACAUGUUUCUGAGUGAUAUUUAUGGUGAAGUCCAAAAUCGAUUAUUUUUAAGACUGUAUGAGUUGUAUAGGAUGGGUAUACGAUCAAUGCUAGACACUCUCUCCAUUAUGUCGUGUAAGGAAUGCAUAGCUUUCCUUCGUGAUCCCAGUUUUUCCCGCUUUGCAUAUGAAAAUGUCGAGUUUUCUAAGGCUGAUUUUGAUGUCAAGUUAUUUAUAGAAAUAGAAAGGACCGAUUGUCUACCCGUAUUAAACGAAGAAAGAUGCAUAAGGUACCUUCAAUGCAAUAUAAUAGAACAGACGAUUACCAACCCCCUUACACAGUAUCAAAUCAUUGUGCUUCAGACACUAACACACUCUGUCCUCCAGAAUCUGGCUUUUAUGUUACAUAGGAAUACUCAUACACAAGAAAAUAAACUGAUGUACAGAGCUGACAAAAUAACCUGUCAUAUCUUGAAAUUUGCAGCGAAGUUUGGUUGUAUUUCUGAUAUGUUGUAUGUUGUUUUGUAUUAUUACAAAACACUUAGAUAUAUGGAAGCUUUAUCUAUAAUAGACGUGAUAAAAGUCAAGCUAGCACAGCCAUAUGUGAUGCACAAUUCUAUGAAUGGAGAUGAGGAGAUGUAUAUGAAGGCUGUAGGGGGUCAGUCCUUGUCAACAAAAAUGAAAAAAGCUGUAGCAUGGGAUAUAAAACUUAACAAUACCAUUCCUUACAUCAGGGAAUUGAUACCAGAACAAAGAUCUGGUCAACAGAACGGUUUGCCUUAUUUAAUUAUCCCACCCUUUGUUAUGUUAUACAUGGUAGAGAUCUUUUGCGCCAAACAUGUAGAUAUAGAUAGAGCACAGAUGGCCCUAAAUGAUUUACAGAUCCUUGUUCACUAUGACCAGGGACAAUUUAUACCUUUACAUAUCAGUAACAUAUCAUGGCAUAUUUUGGGGAUGUGUCAACAGACGACCGGGAACCUCCGCGAUGCACUAGACUCAUACAAACAAUCUCUCAGAGAAUAUCAACUCCACAGUAUACAAAGUGCAACAGAAAUGAGAAUACGAAGACUUGGUCAAUGGAAUAAUUGA